AUGUCUUCGAAAUCGACGCAGCAGAUGUUGCGCCACCCCCUGCAACGACUCUCCUCUCCCAGCCGAGGCAUAUCGGCUGUCUUCCAUCUCAUUGGCAUCAUCUCCUUCUCUCUGUCCUACAAAUACCUCUCGGACUUUCCAACCUACAUAAACGAUUCGUACGGAUGGCAUUGGCAAUACCUGACGAUCUUGGGCCUUACCGUGGCGCAUCUGACUUUCAUCGCGGGCUUCCUUGCGGAUGUUACCCUCUCUCCAACCCUCUUCCUUGUCAAGAACACCUUGUCACUCUGUUCAGCUCCUCUAGAGGUCCUGAUCAGUAUUCUGUACUGGGGAAUCAGUGCCAUCGACAAGAGUCUACUGGUCCCACCGGAUCUCCAAAUUGACUUCAAUGCAGACAUAUCAUUCCAUGCGAUGCCCGCUAUUCUGUUGGCCAUCGAUCUGCUCUUCCUAUCUCCUCCGUGGAUUAUCAAGACCUCGAGAGCAAUGGCUUUAAGCUCUGGGAUUGCGGUUGCGUACUGGGCUUGGGUUGAGCAAUGCUACAAGCACAACGGAUUUUACCCAUAUCCCCUCUUUGCCGUGCUCGGCACUGGUUCUAGAAUCGUCCUCUUCACAGGAGCAGCUCUUCUCAUGACCGGUAGCACUAUCAUGCUGCAAAAGCUCUGCACGCUGGUGAAUGGGCGGCAACCGGCGGACAGAUCACAAGCGCCAAGCAGUAUCAAGGAAGAAUGA